GGCUGGAACACACAGAGGAACAUGUGGAGGAACACAGAGGAGAACAGAGCAGGGUCUCUAUCACCCAGCUUUAUUUCUAUGAAGAGUGACCGGUCCAAAGAUCCUCUUCUAUGGUUCAGUAAUGAUCCUGGAGCAGCAGAUCUAAGACGGAGGAAGAGGAGCAGCGUUUGUGAGGAGGAGCAGCUGAACUGCUGCACUUUAUGCCAGAACCUCCUGAUGGAUCCAGUCUCUACCAGCUGUGGACACCGGUUCUGCAGACAGUGCAUCAGGUCCUACAGGGUCCAGUCUGCUCCAUCAGGACCCUCCUCCUGCCCCCAGUGUGGGAAAAGAGCCAGAACCGGAGCUGGACCUCUGACAGCCAAUCAGAGCAGCUGUGCAGCAGCAGAUGUUGGUCUGCAGGAGGUUCUAGAGGAACAUAAGAUCAAUCUGAGGAGGAGAUACAAUCGUGUGGCUGAAGGAAGUGAUGAAACGGGAAGUAAAACCCUCCUCAACAGCAUCUACACUGAUCUCUACAUCACAGAGGGACAGAGUGAAGAUGUUAAUGCCCAACAUGAGGUGCAGCAGCUGGAGAGAGCUUCCAAGAUCCAGAACCUCCAUGAUUCUCCAAUCAGGUGCCAUGACAUCUUUAAAGCCGUCCCUGACCAACAUGGAGCCAUCAGGGUGGUUCUGACCAACGGCGUCGCUGGUGUUGGAAAAACCUUCUCAGUGCAGAAGUUCACUCUGGACUGGGCAGAGGGCUUGGAGAACCAAGAUGUCAGUGUGGUGGUUCUGCUUUCCUUCAGGGAGCUGAACCUGAUCAGAGAUCAGCAGCACAGUCUUCUCACGCUGCUUCAUGUUUUCCAUCCAAACCUCCAGAAGCUCCCAGCAGAGAAGCUGUCUGUCUGGAAGCUUCUCUUCAUCUUUGACGGCCUGGAUGAAAGCAGACUUUCUCUGGACUUCAGCAACAGUCCGCUUGUUUCUGACGUCACACAGAAGUCAUCAGUCAACGUUCUGCUGAUGAACCUCAUCAAGGGGAACCUGCUUCCCUCGGCUCUCGUCUGGAUUACUUCCAGACCUGCGGCGGCCAAUCGGAUCCCUCCUUCCAGUGUUUCCAGGGUAACAGAAGUACGAGGCUUCACCGAUGCCCAGAAGGAGGAGUACUUCAGGCGGAGGUUCAGUGAUGAAGAGGAGAAGGCCAGCAGGAUCAUCUCCCACAUCAAGACCUCCAGGAGCCUCUUCAUCAUGUGUGGGAUCCCAGUGUUCUGCUGGAUCACUGCUACGGUUCUGGAGAACCUGUUGACCACAGAGCAGAUUGGAGAGCUGCCCAAGACCAUGACUGACAUGUACUCACACUUCCUGCUGGUCCAGACCAGGAGGAAGAAGAACAAGUACCAUGAAGGACAUGAGACGAGUCCACAGGAGCUGAUGGAGGCUGACAGGGAAGUUCUCCUGAAGCUGGGGAGGCUGGCCUUGGAACAUCUGGAGAAAGGAAACAUCAUGUUCUACCAAGAAGACCUGGAGCAGUGUGGUCUGGAUGUCACAGAGGCCUCGGUGUACUCAGGAAUUUGUACAGAGAUCUUCAAAAGAGAGAGCGUGAUCUUCCAGAAACUAGUCUACUGCUUUGUUCAUCUGAGCUUCCAGGAGUUUCUGGCUGCAGUCUACAUGCUCCACUGCUUCACCAGCAGGAACACAGAGGUGGUGGAGAACUUCCUGGGAGAAAAAUACAGAGAAACAUCUCUGGAGGACUUCAUGAAGAAAGCCAUGGAGAAAUCCCUCAGGAGUCCAAAUGGCCACCUGGACCUGUUUGCUCGCUUCCUUCAUGGCCUCUCUGUGGAGUCCAACCAGAGCCUCUUAGGAGGCCUGCUGGGUCAGAUGGAGAACAAUUCAGAAACCAUCCAGAGAGUCAUCAACAAUCUGAAGCAGAUGAACACUGAUGAUAGAAUCUCUCCUGAUAGAAGCAUCAACAUCUUCCACUGUCGUCAGGAGAUGAAGGACCUCUCAGUUUAUCAGGAGAUCCAACAGCUCCUGAAAUCAGGGAAGAAGCUCUCAGAGACCCAGUGCUCAGCUCUGGCCUACAUGCUGCAAAUGUCCGAUGAGGUUCUGGAUGAGUUAGACUUGAAGAAGUACAACACAUCAUCUGGAGGACGACAGAGACUGGUUCCAGCUGUGAGGAACUGCAGAAAGGCUCGACUUGGUGGCUGUUUUCUCAAUGAGGCUGAAUGUGAAGUUGUGGCCUCAGCUCUGAAGUCCAACCUUCAUCUGACUGAAGUGGAAAUAGAGACAAUCAUUGGAUCCUUUGGAGACUCUGAUAUGAAGCAUCUGAGUGAGAUACUGGAGAGUUCAAUCUGCAAAGUGAAGAAACUGGAAUUUGAUGGCAGCAGAUUGUCAGAGAUCAGCUCGGCUUCUCUGGGCUCAGCUCUGAAGUCUAAUCCAUCCCAUCUGACAGAACUGGACCUGAUCGGAACCAACCUGGACCCUGGAAUAAAGGAGCUCAGUGGGUUUCUCCGGUCUCCCCUCUGCAAACUACAGAAAUUGAGAUUCUGGCACUGCAGUUUGUCAGAGAUCAGCUGGGCUUCUCUGGUCUCAGUUCUGAAGUCUAAUCCAUCCCAUCUGACAGAACUGCACCUGAGAGGAACCAACCUGGACGCUGGAAUGAAGGAGCUCAGUGAGUUUCUCCAGUCUCCCCUCUGCAACCUACAGACAUUGAUAUUGAUUGGGUGCAGUUUGUCAAAGAUCAGCUGUGCUGCUCUGGUCUCGGCUCUGAAGUCAAACCCCUCACAUCUGGAACACCUGGACCUGAGUGGCAACAACCUGAAGGAGUCAGAUGUUCAGCAGCUGCAGGAUCUUGUAGAGAGUCCAGAAUACAAACUGAAGACUCUGAAGUGGAGGUGAUGAUCUUAGUGGAGUAGAGAAGCUGAUCUGUUUCCUGAUGAUCCUCAGAGGUUGAAGCUGCGGCGGUUUGAGUUUAAAGAGACUCUGACUGGAUCCUGAUGAUGUCUGAGUUUAGAGAUUUUUCUCCUCUUUCUUUGAUUCUGUCUGUCAUUUAGUGUGUGAUAUUGUUUUUCUCUUUGGAACAAUGGAGAUGAAAUUCAAACUAAGCUCUAUUUAGUCCUUCUUGGAGGUUUGAUCUGAAUCUGAUCAAACUGUAAAGUUGAUAUUUUUUCUCUCUGAUUCAUUUUCAGCCUGUAACCCAGAAAUCUAAA